UUUUGUUAGGCGGACUGAUGAAAUAUUGCUUAAUCUAGUUAGCAAUCCUAGCUAGGUAUCUGUAUUAGUUUAUUGUUGUUGCGGAAUGGAGAGGAUGGCCUCCCCCUCCUGUGAGAAAACCUUAGGGUCGAAGAAGAAAAAUGAGAAAAAAAUUGCGUCUAAGGAGGAAUAUAGAUUACUGUCUAAUAUAAUGGGAGUCAUGAAUAACUUGCGAAAGCAGGGGAUCCUGUGUGACGUCAUACUCGUGGUGCAGGGCAAGCACAUCCUGGCCCACAGGGUAGUCCUGGCCGCUGCAAGUCACUUCUUCAACCUCAUGUUCACCACCAACAUGAUGGAAGCCACCAACCAUGAGGUGGAGCUUGGUGGAGCGGAGCCUGAGAUCAUUGAGCUGCUGGUGGAAUUUGUCUACACAGCCCGAAUCUCCGUGAACAGUAACAACGUCCAGUCGUUGCUCAAUGCUGCUAAUCAGUAUCAAAUAGAACCGGUGAAGAAAAUGUGUGUGGACUUCCUGAAGGAGCAAGUGGACGCUACCAACUGUCUCGGCAUUAGUGCGUUGGCCGAGUGCCUCAACUGCCCGGAGUUGAAGACGGCGGCGGACGAAUUCAUCUAUCAGCACUUCACAGACGUGUACAAGCUGGACGAGUUCCUGCAGUUGGACGUGAAGCAGGUCACCCACCUGCUUCACCAGGACACGCUGACGGUCAGAGCUGAGGACCAGAUCUAUGACGCGGCUGUGCGGUGGCUGAAGUACGACGUGUUGAACCGGCAGCAGUACAUUGUGGACAUCCUGAGCACAGUACGCUUCCCGCUUGUGUCCAAGAACUUCCUCAGCAAGACAGUCCAGGCCGAGCCCUUGAUCCAGGACAACCCCGAGUGCCUCAAAAUGGUCAUUGGCGGAAUGCGCUACCACCUCCUGUCCCCCGAGGAUAGGGAGGAACUGGGUGAGAGUAGUCGUCCGCGCCGCAAGAAGCACGAUUACCGAAUCGCUCUGUUCGGUGGCUCCCAGCCCCAGUCCUGCCGCUACUUCAACCCCAAGGACUACAGUUGGACUGACAUCCGCUGUCCCUUCGAGAAGCGGCGGGACGCGGCGGCUGUGUUCUGGGACAACGUGGUGUACAUCCUCGGAGGCUCGCAGCUCUUCCCCAUUAAGAGGAUGGACUGUUACAACGUGGUGAAAGACAGCUGGUAUUCCAAGUUGGGGCCUCCCAACCCCAGGGACAGCCUGGCAGCCUGCGCUUCCAAGGGCAAGAUCUACACCUCGGGAGGGUCGGAAGUAGGGAGCUCUGCUCUGAACCUGUUCGAGUGCUACGACACCCGGACAGAGACGUGGCAGGACAAGCCCAGCAUGCUCCAGCCCCGCUGCAGCCAUGGUUCCGUGGAGGCGGCCGGCCGCAUCUACGUGUGCGGCGGCAGCCUGGGAAACAACGUGUCCGGCAGGGUUCUCAACAACUGCGAGGUGUACGACCCCAACACGGAGGAAUGGAGAGUGUUGUGUGGUAUGAGAGAGGCUCGGAAGAACCACGGCCUGGUGGUGGUCAACUCGAGGAUCUAUGCUGUGGGCGGGCAGAACAGCCUCGGCGGCCUGGACUCGGUGGAGUAUUAUGAGAUAGGCAGCAACGAGUGGAAGAUGGCAGCGCCCAUGCCCUGGCGCGGUGUGACGGUGAAGUGCGCGGCCGUCGGUCCCGUCAUCUACGUGCUGGCCGGCUUCCAGGGCGUGGGCCGCCUGGGCCACAUCAUGGAGUACCACACGGAGACAGACAAGUGGGUCACGUCCAGCAAAGAGCGUGCUUUCCCCGUCACCAGCUGCCUCAUCUGUGUGGCGGACACGUGCGGCGCCAACGAGGAGGACAUGAGCUGCUUUCCCGAGCCCGCCGCACCUCCCCCUUCAUCGUCUUCGUCCUCCUCAUCUUCGGCUCCUUCUGGAAAUGCACAGUGCUGAGGCUGGGGGGGGUUUAAACAUGACGUACAGUUUGUCUCGAUACUGUUUUAAGUCCCGCUGGAUCUCGUGUCACUGAGGAUCUCCAGCAGGAUCGUCUUGCUUGAACCGACUUCAGCAACAGAGUUUAUAACUCCGGAAACUUCCAGCAUUGGGCCUGGCCAUCUUUCCGUCCGUUGCUGAAUUUAUGGAAUACUGCAAUCAUUGAUAAAUCUCAGAUUGUUAAGCAGCUCGUGAUUCCCUUUAUUUGUUUUAGGAAUGUUUUAAGCAUUGUUUACUUCAGUUUUCCUCAGCUACUUGCACAUCAUUCAGGAAACAGGACAUUUGCUGGAAAACACAGACACACAUUUUAUCUUGCUUUUAUCUUAGUUGUAUCCAUAAGAUAGAGACAAUGAAUAGAAAGUCUUUUUUUUUUAACUAUUUAUUAUAUUUGUUUACAUGAAGUGGGUCCUCUGAUGAUUAGGACUAUAGUUAGAAACGUUCCAGUGCCAAGAGGGGAAAUAUCAGUUGUAUUAUUGUAGGAAAUUUUGAAAAUUAUAUAAAAAUAAUAUCAUUUAAUAGUAACAAUCCUACAUUAUAUGUUUAUUGAUACCACAGUGGCUUAGUUAAUGUACCUUUUUUGAAUUUUUCCAAAUGCUUGAAUUAUAGAGGCCACUAAAACGAAACUGAGUGCACACUUUGACAUGCGUCUCUCAUGCUCAAACCAUGAUUGAUGUUCAAAAGGUGAAGUCUUAAUUUAAAUUUUUUUAAUCGUGCAUAAAUGCACUACACUUUCUUAUACAGCAGUCUGUCUCUGCUUUUUGCAUCAUAUUUUAUAUGGAAAAUAAAGAAAUGGAAAGUGG